AUUAAGAACGAGCUAGUGAAUCGCCUUGCGAAACUGAGUCACAACGCGGCGUGAUGAAGAGUUCAGAUAAACCUCCGAAGGGGUCAAAUUUAGGAACCCUAGCUGCUGAAUCACCUGUUGUGAACAAUCUUCUCCUUCCCUAUCUAGGGUGUUUGAAACCAAUGGCUUCCUCUCCUCAUUUUGAUGAUCAAGACUUCGAUUUUGAAGGCGGAUUUUUCAGAACGCGUUCUAGUGAGAAGAGGCCCUCUCCCGAUUAUGACGACGAAUAUUACGAUAAUGACCCUUUCGCACCCAAGAAGGCAAAAUCAAAGGCUGAAGAAGCUGCUUCUGGUGUAACCACUGGAAUGAUAUUUUCUCUUCGUGAGAGUCUUCAAAACUGUAAGGAUACCCUUGCCACAUGCCAACAUAUCAAGCAUAUUUCUGUUACUGCUACCUCUCAAGCUUACGAGUAAUGAUAUUAACGAAG